UGGCGUUGGAAUGACAAUGGCGAAAAUAUGAGCACAACAUCGGGACCCUCGACUGCAUUCGGCUGGUCAAGGAGAUAAGAUCGAAGUGCCAUGAAUGAAUGAAUGAAUGAAUAGUUUGUUUAAUAAAAACAUCAUCUGGCAGUCAGAAGACUGAAUUACAUGACGUUAAGUGUUACAAGGUUAUAAAUAGUAAAAAAUUCUAUAUUACAAUGCAAUUUAAAAAUUGUUAAUAUAUACUAUAUAUCAUAUACUUGAAUGUACUAAUCUAUAUGAGUUAAAAAUUCUAAAAUGUUCAAGGAACAUCUAAUUUGUAAUGUUUCUUAGCAUAAAAGUUGACAAAAGAGUUUCCGAAACGAUUUGUAUUUGCUGGUAAAACUUCAAAAGAUCUUUCUUUUCGUAAUUCUCUAUUGCCUGCUUUGGAUGGUAAAAGUUUGGCAAGUUUAUGAUCAUCAUUUAAAACAAUGUCGUUGAAGAGAUUAUUGGAUAGAUACUCCCGUCUGUUUUCAAGAGUGGAAAUACCAGCGAUGUUAAGAGCCUCGUCGUAAGACAAUUCAUAGAAUAUUAUUUUCAUUGCUUGCUUCUGUAUACGUUCAAUGUUUUUUGCAAGAUUUCGUGGCAGGGAACUAUGGAAUAAUUGGCACGCAUAUUCGAGGACAGACCUUAUACAGCUGCAAAAAAAUUUGACCAAAUCUGCCGAAGCGACAUCAGCACGUUUGAGUUGCCUCAACAAAUAUAAACGUUUAGCUGCUUUGGAGACAAUUGAAUUUACAUGGUCUAUCCAUUUAAGGUCAUUUCUUAAUAUAACUCCAAGCGAUUUGAUACUUGUCACUCUUUCCAAAUUUCGGUCACCAAUACGUAUAGGUUCAAAAACAGGUGGUAAUCGUGAAAAGGAUAUUACCAUUUCUUUGCAUUUAAAUGGGUUUAGUUGAAAGGAAUUGUUCAUAGACCAAGUAGUAAUAUCAUCGAUAUCCAUUUGUAAAGUACUUUGUUCGUUUUUUUCAACAAUUUCAGAGACCGUAGUAUCAUCGGCAAAUUUCCACAUUUCUGAAAGGUGAUUUUGUACCACAAGGUCAUUUAUCAUGGCUAAGAAUAGCCAAGGCCCAAGUCGUGUGCCUUGAGGGACACCAGCUGGAACUUGGAGCCAGUCUGAGAAACAAUUAUCACUUAGUUUGACUCUUUGCCAUCUAUUACGUAAAAAGUCAAUAAUCCAGUUAACCAAACAGGGCUUAAUACCAAGGCUGAAUAAUUUCGCAACUAAUGUGGUGUGAUCCACCAUGUCAAAUGCUUUUUUAUAAUCAAGAAAUACAGUGCGAACAGAUGAACCACUUCCAUCUGUUGCACUCAACCAACAAUGGAGCAUCGAUAUCAAGGCAAGUACAGUGGAAGAAUUUGGAAUAAAGCCAAAUUGUUGGGGAUCAACAACCUUUAACAGAGUUGGUUUUACUUCUCUUUCGAUUACAAGACGUUCCGCUAUCUUUGAUAGAGUGGAAGUUAAGGAAAUAGGUCGUAAUUCCCUUUCCAAGUCUUUGACAGUAGAUGUUUUUGGUAAGGGGACCACAUCGGCCAGCUUCCAAAUUUUAGGGACUUUACAGCUUUGAAAGGAAGAAUUGAUUAUAUUUGCAACUGGUGAGGCGAGAAUAUCCGAAUAGGUUUUUAAAAUCCAAUUGGAAAUACCGUCAGGGCCACUGGAACGCGAUGUAUUAAUUUCUUGCAAUUUUCUAGCUAUAGUUGACUCGGUCACAAUAAUAGGCGUUUCAUCGUUGUGUACAAUUACAGCCGUAUCUUCAGAUAAUGGAACAUAGUUCUUUAUCACAUUUAUAAAAACAUUGUUAAUUUUAUUACUGAGGUUUAUGUCUGUCUCCUGCCAUAAAUCUUGAUGGAGGCGGUCUUUUACACUUUUGUUGUUUAGUUUAGAUGUGCCACACAACUGCUUCACUUCCCGCCACCAAUCUCGGGGGUUAGUGUUACGUAAAUUAUGAACUUUAGAUUGAUAAUAGCUCUUACGACAACGUUUUCGUUCACGAUUAACUUUAUUACGUAACAUUUUAAAAAGAGUGACAUUACCAGAUGCAAAGGCUUUUUGUCGACGAUUUAUCAGUGAUUUCAGAUUGCUAUUAACCCAUGGUCGAUCAUUAGGGUGGACUUUUAUUGAACGUUCAGGCAUAAUUAAGUUCAAACCAUAGUUUAUAAUGCUAGUUAAAAAGUAUAGUUUUUGAUCAUUUGAGGGUAUGGACGAUAAAAUGUCCCAUGGAAUUUCCUGGAGAAAUCGACCAAGACUUCUAAUAUUACUGGGUCGCUUAUCUCUUGUUUUAACAAUACGCGAUUGUGGUUCGUGCGAUCUUUUCCUCGUUCCAGGACACAUGGCAAUUGUUAGAUGGUCUGAUAAGCCAAAUGGAGGAGCACUAGUAGGAGGUGAAUAGUAUUCAAAUAGAUUGGUAUAAAUUUGGUCAAGAAUAUUGGCACCUCUGGUGGGAAAAUCAAUUACUGGUUUAAGUUGAAAAGGUUUAACAGUAGCCUGUAAGUCCAAUUUGUUGAAAUCACCAGUAAUAAUGAUUGCAGGGUUAGGAAUUGAAGAUUCAAUAUAUUCUAAUGAAGAUUGGACAUAGUCACGCAUACUUGUACAAUCGGCAUCUGGAGGGUGGUACACAACAGCUAUUAUCAUAUUUGAGUAAUUUCGUGGGAGUCGUUUUGGUUGUAAAGCUAGCCACAAUACUUCGUGAUUAUCACUAUCUAACUCCGUUAGGCGGUUGCAAGAAAUGGUAUUGUUAAUAUAAAAACAAACCCCACCAUGGGAUUUGUGUUGACGAUCACGCCUGAAUAAUUGGUAAUUUGUAAUAUUAAUAGCUUCAUCUGGAACGGAUUCUUUUAACCAUGUUUCGCUGAAAAAGGCAAUAUCUAUAUGAUUCGAAGUAAGAAACAUAGCAAUUUCAUCGAUUUUCGGGGCUAGCGACAUAGUGUUUGACAAUAAUAUAGCAGGUACAAAAUGCGACGAACAAGACACGGUUUUACUAUUAACUUCGGGGUUCACAGAUACAUGAAUUAAAUUGCUUGACUUGAUUCUCUCACGACAGAUGAGGUUUGGGUUGACAUUUUCCUGGUUAUUAUUAUAUAAACAAUGUUCAAGUAAGCUUUCCAAUUCACUUUCCAUCCCGGAAGACGAUUUACCCCCGGCCUCGUCUAAUAAUAAUAUUUGUAAAAGUUCAUUUUGUCUCUCAACAUUGUACGUGCACGAAAAUCCUUUCCCGAAUUUUUGUUACGUUUAUUAUGUUUCCUAGAUGGUUUUCGCUGGGUGAUGCGGGUUGGAAUAGAUUGAUAAUUAUUCAUAGGAGUUGUAUCAUCUGUAAUAAUUCCACUAUUACUGGGAUUAAUUACUGUGAGAUCUAGACAAUGGGACUACAUUCAUUAUGUUGGCCAUGGUAGUGUAAGUAUCUUUUGUUAGUAUUAGAUUGACAAAUCUCCACACAUUCCUUCUCAAUUCUUUGGCUAGUAUUUAAUUGAUCCUGAAUGCCUUGUGGAUUGUGGUGCAGAUCAUGACAUGGGUUCUUUAAAGUUGGUGUAUUAUUUGAACAACUCUUAACAUUUGACUUGGAAUGACUAGGCAAAUACUUUCCUACUAAGGUUUCGACUAUACUGUCCGUAUUAUUCUGCUUUUCGAUUAUAUUGUCCGUAUUAUUCUGCUCAGGUUCGUCCGAGAAAUACAAGCAA